UGGGCCACUCACUGGCUUCUCCCUUGGCCACGCUGCCUCCGCAGCCGACCGGCUCCCUCCCGGAUCUGUGCCUGUGACCGCCGCGUGUGUGUGCGUGCGUGCAUGUGUGUGUGUGCGCGCGCGCGAGACAGGACGCGCGCACGCGUGGGGGCAGUGUGCACACGGGGAGUGCGGGGGAGUGUGUUUGUGUGUGCCUGUGGGUGUGAGUGCCUGGCACACGCACACACGCGCGCACGCACACACACACAUACCGGCAGGCUCGUCUGAACUUGAAGACACCCCACAUUUCAAGAUCCCCGAGGUUCCUGGGAAUGCCCAGGCUUCUGCGCUCCGAAAAAUCCUACCGGCAUCUUCCUGAGAAGGGAUUCUCGUUUCUUUUUUUCUUUUUCUUUUUUUAAUCUGGAGGAGAGGCGAACAAGUUGUGCUUCCCCCUCCCCUUCUUCGUGCUAAAUGCCAUGGAUAUAUCCGAAUAAGCCGCUCAGGGCUCUCGCCGCGUGGACGUCCGAGGCCACCAUCUGCCCGCAGUCGCCAGAGCCCGAGGGCUUAGCUGGAGCCCGACUUGGGCGGGGAAGGAUGCGCGGCCGAGCCGGGGAGCCCGGGCGCCCCGCAGAGCCGGCCUCGGAGCCUCCCAGCCAGGGGUAGAUGCUGCCCUGCCCAGAUGCUGACAUUCAAGAGGCACUGAGAGGUCUAGCAACUUACCUAAGAUCACACAGCCCAGGAGAGGCAGCGGAUCUAAGCUGAGGCGCCACAGCCUGAGUGACCGGACCAUGGAGACCCUGCUUGGCGGGCUGCUGGCGUUUGGCAUGGCGUUUGCUGUGGUCGAUGCCUGCCCCAAGUACUGCGUCUGCCAGAACCUGUCUGAGUCACUGGGGACCCUGUGCCCUUCCAAGGGGCUGCUCUUCGUGCCCCCUGACAUCGACCGGCGGACUGUGGAGCUGCGCCUGGGCGGUAACUUCAUCAUCCACAUCGGCCGCCAGGACUUUGCCAACAUGACAGGGCUGGUGGACCUGACCCUGUCCAGGAAUACCAUCAGCCACAUCCAGCCCUUCUCCUUCCUGGACCUCGAGAGCCUGCGCUCGCUCCACCUGGACAGCAACCGGCUGCCCAGCCUUGGGGAGGACACCCUCCGGGGCCUGGUCAACCUGCAGCACCUCAUCGUGAACAACAACCAGCUGGGCGGCAUCGCCGAUGACGCCUUCGAGGAUUUCCUGCUGACGCUGGAGGACCUGGACCUCUCUUACAACAACCUGCACGGCCUGCCCUGGGACUCGGUGCGGCGCAUGGUCAACCUCCACCAGCUGAGCCUGGACCACAAUCUGCUGGACCACAUCGCCGAGGGCACCUUUGCCGACCUGCAGAAACUGGCCCGCCUGGACCUCACCUCCAACAGGCUGCAGAAGCUGCCCCCGGACCCCAUCUUUGCCCGCUCCCAGGCUUCCGUUCUGACCGCCACACCGUUUGCCCCGCCCUUGUCCUUCAGUUUUGGGGGGAACCCGCUGCACUGCAACUGUGAGCUCCUCUGGCUGCGGCGGCUGGAGAGAGAGGAUGACCUGGAGACCUGUGGGUCCCCUGGGGGCCUCAAGGGCCGCUACUUCUGGCACGUGCGUGAGGAGGAGUUCGUGUGUGAGCCGCCGCUCAUCACCCAGCACACUCACAAGCUGCUGGUCCUGGAGGGCCAAGCGGCCACACUCAAGUGCAAAGCCAUCGGGGACCCCAGCCCCCUCAUCCACUGGGUAGCCCCUGAUGACCGCCUGGUGGGGAACUCCUCACGGACUGCCGCGUAUGACAAUGGCACCCUGGACAUCCUCAUCACCACAUCUCAGGACAGCGGUGCCUUCACCUGCAUCGCUGCCAAUGCGGCCGGGGAAGCCACGGCCACCGUGGAGGUGUCCAUCGUGCAGCUGCCACAUCUCAGCAAUAGCACCGGCCGCACCGUGCCCCCCAAGUCCCGCCUCUCUGAUAUCACUGGUUCCAGCAAGACAGCCCGGGGAGGUGGAGGCAGUGGGGGCGGAGAGCCCCCUAAAAGUGCCCCCGAGCGGGCGGUGCUUGUGUCCGACGUGACCACCACCUCAGCUCUGGUCAAGUGGUCAGUCAGCAAGUCGGCCCCGAGGGUGAAGAUGUACCAGCUGCAGUACAACUGCUCCGACGACGAGGUGCUGAUUUAUAGGAUGAUCCCAGCCUCCAACAAGGCCUUCGUAGUCAACAACCUGGUAUCGGGGACAGGCUAUGACCUGUGCGUGCUGGCCAUGUGGGACGACACGGCCACAACACUCACGGCCACCAACAUCGUGGGCUGCGCCCAGUUCUUCACCAAGGCUGACUACCCGCAGUGUCAGUCCAUGCACAGCCAGAUCCUGGGAGGUACCAUGAUCCUGGUCAUCGGGGGCAUCAUCGUGGCCACUCUGCUGGUCUUUAUCGUCAUCCUCAUGGUGCGCUACAAGGUCUGCAACCAUGAGGUCCCCGGGAAGAUGGCAGCGGCUGUCAGCAACGUGUACUCACAAACUAACGGGGCCCAGCCGCCGCCCCUAGGAAGUGUGCCUGCAGGGCAGCCCCCGCAGGCUCCACCCAAGUUCAUGGUGCGGAAUGAGCUCCUGGACUUCAGUGCCAGCCUGGCCCGAGCCAGCGACUCUUCCUCCUCCAGCUCCCUGGGCAUCGGGGAGGCAGCGGGGCUGGCACCGGGCCCCUGGAGGCUCCCACCCCCUGCCACCCGCCCCAAGCCCAACCUUGAUCGCCUGAUGGGGGCCUUUGCCUCCCUGGACCUCAAAAGUCAGAGAAGGGAGGAGCUGCUGGACUCCAGGACUCCAACGGGGAAAGGGGGUGGGACACCGGCCAGAGGCCGCCACUCAGACCGGGAGCCACUGCUGGGGCCCCCAGCCGCCCGUGCCAGGAGCCUGCUCCCCUUGCCCCUGGAGGGAAAGACCAAGCGCAGCCACUCCUUCGACAUGGGGGACUUUGCAGCUGCUGCGGCUGCCACAGGAGGGGUGGUCCCCGGCGGCUACAGCCCCCCUCGGCGGGUCUCACACAUCUGGACGAAGCGCAGCCUCUCCGUCAAUGGCAUGCUCCUGCCCUUUGAGGAGAGUGACCUGGUGGGAGCCCGGGGGACCUUCGGCAGCUCUGAGUGGGUGAUGGAGAGCACCGUGUAGCCAGGGCCACCCCUCCCAUCCUGGCGGAGGGGGAGGGGAAGGGGAAGGAUCUUUACUGGCCAGUCUCGUGGCGUUUCCAUGGUGAUGUUUACAUCCAGGGACAGUUUCGUCUCCCUGUCCACAGCCUCUUGUCCUCCCUGCCCGGCCACCGCCCCUCCUCCGUCCAUGUCACCUUCCCAGGCCUGUCCCCACCACCCAGCGGGGUGUGCUCAGGGAAUUCGGACUCCCUCAACGAUCGGACUGAGCCCCGAGUGUUUGGAGAGGCAAGAGUUCGCCUUUCCGAUCACAAAUGUAGCGACACGCAAGUGGCUUUGGAUGGCUUAUGGGUCCAGUGUUGCUUUUAUUUCUGAAUUUAUUUUUUUUUCCAUU